AUGCGAUAUCUAGAACAAUCAACGUAUGCGGUAAAAGAUAAGAACCUAGUAGAGGGCUCUACGAAGGGCUUCGAUAUCCGUACAGGCUAUACUAAUACCGACGGCUCUCCGACCUGUAACCCCGCCUAUUCGCGCUACCUAUACCCCGAUAGUGAUUAUAGUGGCUGCGAUGGCGGCGCAGAUAAACGCUACCACUACUACUUUCUUCUCGAUCCUAGCUGGGGAACUGAUGUUAUGGCCGCGGGCUACACCUUCGGCUUCCCGGACUACCUUGACGACGGCAAGAACUACUCUAUGUGCUCCACGCUUUGGCUUCCGCCUAACCACCCGGAUGAGUUCGUUAUAAAGCCCGGCGAUUACGGCGCCUAUGUCCCCGCUAUCACCGAGAUAGAGACCUGGAUGCUUCGUUACAUGUAAACUAGGUUCUCGAGGCUGCGGGGCUGGUAGUAGGAUGCUAUAACUUUCGGCCCGUAUUAAAACUACACCACC